GGAACAUUUGCAACCGUAGACCACAUGCUAACUAUUUUAGAGACGGGAGAUCCAUCCGUUGCUACCCAACCACGCAGCGUCCCUGGCACACCUGGGCACCCGCUUGCUUUAUGUCUGUACCUGCGUACGGAGCACCGUCCAAGCCAACCAAAAUUCUGCGCUCGGUGGGUUCCGUAUUGUUUGCAGCUCUACAGACCCGCGUGAAAUCGCAGGGAACGGGAGAUCUACAGAGUCAGUCGAGAGAGAAUGGGAAGGUCGUGUUUUUCUUUUUGACUUUCCAAUCUCUCCUACCUUUUUUUCGCUUCCUCCGACAGCCCUAUGCCCAAAUAAAGACGACACACGCUCACCACAACCGCUCAUCUCCCUCUGACGAGGCGCUUGAGCACCAAACCCUCGUCGUCGCCAUGGCCGACACCGUCGAGACGCCCCCGGACGAGAACAGGGGCCCUGAGAUCCUCGCCGUCUGCGGGUCCCUGGUGGGCUUCUCCCUCGUCGUCGUCAUCCUCCGCCUCUACGUGAGGGCAAAGAUGGUCCGGCGCGUCGGUGCUGACGACUGGACCAUCGUCGCUGCCAUGACGGUGAUGUUUGUCGAGAUGAUGGUCAUCAUCCCGGAGGUCCAGCUCGGAGCGGGCCGCCAUGUGCAGUACAUCGACCCGCCAGAGAACGUCACGAAGGGGCUGCAUCUCAACUUUGUUACUCAGCCCCUGUGCCUCGUCGCCCUGUGUCUGACCAAAGUGAGCGUCGGCUUCUUUCUGCUGCGCCUCACCCCGGCCAGCCGGCUCAACUGGUUCAUCAUUGGCACCAUGGUCUUCACUGUCCUCUCCUCCAUCGGCAACUUUCUGACGGUACUCUUCCAAUGCCGGCCACUGGCCCUGACCUGGGACUCGUCGGUUGAGGGAACCUGCAUUCCGCCGUCGCAACUCAAGUUCGCCGCUUUCUUCAACUCGAGUGUCGCCGCUUUGACCGACGUCGUCUUCGCCCUCCUUCCCAUCCCGCUGCUGUGGAACGUGCAGAUGAACUGGAAGGUCAAGUCCGCCGUCACCGCCAUCCUGUCCCUGGGAAUCUUUGCUGCCGCCUCUGCCAUUGUCAAGAUCACCUUCCUCGGAUCUUACGGCCAACACAAUGAUUUCUUGUGGGACAGUGCCGACAUCACCAUCUGGUGAGUUCUUUUUUUGUUCCUUUUUCCCCCUCUUUUACACCCGGG